AUGAAGACCUGGACACCGGUUUUCUCUAUUGCGGCGCUUCUGCUGCCCCUCGCGGCGGCCGAUUGUGAUAAGUUCGAAUUCAGGGGUGAAUGCGGUAGAAACGGCUUCACCACGAUAUAUAACCAAAGCAUACUAACCUCUUCAUGGACGAACUGUACAGAGGAGCUUGCGGAGCAGACUGGUUACCAUAAUGGCACCUGCAUAUUCCACUACAACACGGGCUUAGUAGUACACCCUGAGAUCCGCCUCGUCGAUUUCGACGGGGAGACAUCGGAGCAUAUAUUCUCACUCGUAAGGGAAAACGCAAACCCUACCGCGUCCAGCCUCACAGACUUCAACGCUACGGUAGUCAUGGACUACACGGUAGUCAACAAUAUCUUGCCCACCGGCUUCGAUGGGUACUAUACUUUCACGCCCGAUAUACGCUGUUUUGACGGCGUGCUUUCCGACUGUGAUGAUGACGACGACGACGAUCCCGGGGACACCAAUGCGGGCAAGCUGAUCCGUGCCUGCGGUCUGUCAUGGAUUAAUGAAGACCAGUCCCGAUUAAGCCCUGGCCACCAACAGUACUCUGGCCACGAGUCUUUCGUUCAGACAAGUAGGCCUGCCCAUGAUCAAGAGGAGCCGCUGCCUAGUUAUGAUAACGUCGUCAACCAGACCACCGUUGUCAACCAGACCACUGUUAACAAUCAGACCACCGUUGACAAAGACAAUAGUUCAGCCAGGAGUAGGGUUAUCAGCACAACUCUACUUGCUGCGCUAAUGUGCGCGGCAUACAAUUUCAUAUAA